CGGCCAACUGCUGCCUCCUCUCCUGGCACUCCAGGAACCUCCCUUAAAACUCCCAUACUCUCAACACUGGCACACCCUGAUAGCCUUAAGGGCCCAAACUGUGGGGCACCCUGGGGGGAACUUUCUCCUCAUCUUGUCCAGCCCAGAAACCUGCCAAGAUUUCUCACCUCCUUGCAGCCACCGCCCAACAGUUCCCACACUGCUCUGAGUGUCCAUGCACUGGACAAUGAGGCUGGCCGCGGCAGCCCUGUUUCUGAGUCUCACGAUGGUGGUCACCAGAGACAUGGAGGACUUGUGUUUGUACGAGGCUCUGUCUGACGCCGAUGCUGUCCUCUGCAAGGGACUUGAAGUUUUCUACCCAGAGCUGGGGAACAUUGGCUGCAUGUUUGUUCCUGACUGUAACAACUACAGACAAAAGAUCACCCACUGGGCUGAGCCCCUAGUCAAGUUCCCUGGGGCCUUGGAGGGCGCAACCUACAUCCUGGUGAUGGUGGAUCCAGAUGCCCCGAGCAGGUCUUCACCCAAAGCUCAAUUCUGGAGGCACUGGCUGGUAACAGAUAUAAAGGGCGCUGAUAUAAAGAAAGGGAAGGUCCAGGGCCAGGAGUUGUCACCCUACCAGCCUCCGUCCCCACCAGUAAAAAGUGGCUUUCACCGCUACCAGUUCUUCGUCUAUCUUCAGGAAAAACAGAACAUCUCUCUCCAUUCCAAAGAAAACAAAACUCGAGGCUCUUGGAAAAUGGACAAAUUCCUGAACCGCUUCCACCUGAGCGAACCUGAAGCAAGCACCCAAUUCAUGACCCAAAAUUACCAGGACUCGCCCAAUUACCAGACCCCCGGAGCCGGAAACAGUGAGCCGAAGGAUAAACCCAAGUAGAGAUAACUGCCUGCCAGACAUCAGGCUUCACGCUGAGGGUGUGUGUAUCCACGGUGCCCACCAGCGACGGUCUGGGUAUGGCACCCCUGCUGGGUAUGGCACCCCCUCUGGGUAUGGAACCCCUUCUCUUCCAAAUUAAAAAAAAAAUCAUCCAGG